GAACUUGGUUUUUGACUGUUCCCUGACAUUUAAGAUUUAAGUCAAAUCAUAGAACGUUCGCGAAUUUGAAUGUAGUUGAGAUUUCGAUCCAAGUGGAAAAGUGUAUUGAAAAUCAUUGGAAAUGUAUCUGUCCGCGUCGGCGGUGAGGAAAGCCCUGCCUGGCCGUAGUUUUCACAAUCUCAACCAUCGCUUGAAAAGUGUCUGCGGAAACUUAACCUCACAUUCUAGAAACUUGCACAACAACUCUGCUGUGUGUUUACAAAUAGGCAACGCGAGAGGUGCACAGCUGAGCGCAUCCUGUAGGAGAGCUCUUUGGGAAGGUAAUCUGAACAGAUCAGCUAUUGCCGGAUGCAGAUUCUUCAACACGAAGAGUCCAGAUGAUCACGAUGAUGACCCACACAUUCCUCCACCACCUGUUGAGAACAACUACGGAACACAAUUGCCAGCCCCCGUGGCUGUCCCAGAAGUGUGGCCCCAUUUGCCAGUCAUUGCCAUCAGCAGAAACAUAGUCUUCCCCAGAUUCAUCAAACUGAUAGAAAUAUCAAAUCCAGUUUUAAUAGAGUUGAUCAGAAGGAAAGUGAAAUUGAAUCAACCGUACUGUGGGAUAUUCUUAAAAAAGAACGAGGAAGCAGAAGCUGAAGUCAUGAAGGGUGUUGAAGAUGUCUAUCCAGUUGGAGUGUUUGCCCAGAUCCAUGAGAUGCAGGAUUUGGGUGACAAACUGAGACUUGUUGUCAUGGCCCAUAGGAGGAUCAAAAUCACUGGACAGAUCUUGGAUAAUCCCAAUGAGGAGAUUCCUAAAGAAAUGAAACUCACCUUUCCUCUUUUUAAAACAACUAUGAACGUUGUUGUAGACGACGAAGACAAAAGGAAGCGUAAACCGCGCGCCUUGAGGAAUAAACGUGACGCUAAAGUUGCUGAAGAAGCUAAAGCGAAGGCAGAAACGACGCCGAAAGUGGAACCGUUGCUUAUGGUCGAGGUGGAGAAUAUCAUCCACAAUAAGUUCAGGCAGACGGAAGAGGUCAAAGCGUUGACGCAGGAAGUCAUCAAAACAAUCAGGGAUAUAAUUAGUCUUAAUCCGUUGUACAGGGACAGUUUGCAACAGAUGAUGCAUCAAGGACAAAGGGUUGUUGAUAAUCCGGUUUACUUGAGCGAUUUGGGCGCUGCGUUAACAGCGGCUGAGUCCAAGGAAUUGCAAGAGGUCUUAGAGGAAGUCGAUAUACCAAAACGAUUGAUGUUGUCACUGUCGCUACUUAAAAAAGAGUAUGAGCUGUCGAAGCUGCAGCAGAAGAUCGGAAAAGAGGUAGAGGAAAAAGUAAAGCAACAUCACAGAAAAUACAUUCUCAUGGAACAAUUGAAAGUGAUUAAAAAGGAGCUGGGAUUGGAGAAGGAGGAUAAAGAUGCGAUUGGUGAAAAGUUCAAAGAAAGGAUUAAGGAUAAGGUUUUGCCGCAAGCCGUCUCCACCGUGAUCGACGAGGAAUUGGGAAAAUUGAACUUCUUGGAAAGUCACAGCUCUGAAUUUAAUGUGACGAGGAAUUACCUGGAUUGGUUAACGUCCUUGCCGUGGGGAAUUCAAAGCGAGGAGAAUCUUAAUUUACAGACGGCUUCGGAAAUUUUGGACGAAGACCAUUACGGUAUGGAGGAUAUCAAGAGGAGGAUUUUGGAGUUCAUCGCUGUCAGUCAGUUGAAGGGUUCGACGCAAGGUAAAAUCUUGUGCUUCCAUGGACCACCCGGAGUUGGAAAAACUAGUAUUGCUAGAUCUAUCGCUAGGGCUUUGAAUCGGGAAUACUUUAGGUUUUCUGUUGGCGGAAUGACCGAUGUGGCUGAAAUUAAAGGUCAUAGGAGGACGUACGUUGGCGCGAUGCCCGGAAAAGUUAUCCAAUGUUUGAAGAAAACACGCACCGAAAAUCCUUUAGUCUUAAUCGAUGAAGUCGAUAAAAUUGGAAAAGGUUUCCAAGGUGAUCCAAGUUCUGCACUGCUGGAAUUAUUGGACCCGGAACAGAAUUCGAACUUUUUGGAUCAUUAUUUGGAUGUGCCGGUGGAUUUAUCAAAGGUUUUGUUCAUUUGCACCGCGAACGUAGUUGAUACUAUCCCGGAACCGCUCAGGGAUCGCAUGGAAAUGAUCGAUAUGUCCGGUUACGUCGCGGAAGAGAAGCUCGCUAUAUCCAAGCAGUAUUUGAUUCCGCAAGCGAUGAAGGACAGCGGAUUGAAGGAGGAAAAUAUUAAAAUCGAGGACGAAUCGUUGAACGUCCUGAUCAAGAACUAUUGUCGCGAAUCGGGCGUGAGAAAUCUGCAGAAGCACAUCGAGAAGGUUGUGAGAAAGGUGGCGUACAAAGUGGUGAAGGAGGACGCGACGUACGUGGAUGUAAAUGGUAGCAAUCUGCAAGAUUUCGUGGGGAAACCGGUUUUCACCCACGAUAGGAUGUACGCUGUAACACCUCCUGGAGUGGUGAUGGGUUUGGCUUGGACGGCGAUGGGUGGUUCCACGCUCUUCAUCGAAACUACAACGAGAAGACCUGUGGGGGAGAAGGACACAGAAGGUAGCUUAGAAUUGACAGGUCACCUGGGAGAUGUAAUGAAGGAAUCGGCGAGGAUAGCUCUGACUGUUUCGAGGAAUUUCAUGAACAGGAUAGAAGGCUCAAACAAAUUUUUAAACACCAGUCAUUUGCAUUUACACGUUCCUGAAGGAGCGACGCCGAAGGACGGGCCCAGCGCCGGAUGCACCAUAGUCACAGCUCUAAUUUCGUUGGCGAAAAACAUGCCCAUCAGGCAGGACGUCGCGAUGACCGGGGAAAUAUCGCUGAUGGGCAAGGUUCUGCCCGUGGGUGGUAUCAAAGAAAAAACGAUCGCGGCGAAACGAUCAGGAGUUAAAUGCAUCAUCCUUCCCGAGGAGAACAAGAAGGAUUACACCGAUCUGCCCGGAUUCAUAACUGAAGGUCUCGAGGUGCACUUCGUCAGCACUUACGACGAAAUUUACAAAAUAGCAUUCGAGACGAAAUAGUAUAGAUUUUCUUGUUGUUGUUGUUAUUGAGACAUCAUAAGAUCAGAAAACGGAGAGACAGGUGUUAAUUGAACUAUUGUAAAGAUUUGCCCUUACUGUUGUACAAUAGUGUCGUUCGCGCUGACCGAGAAAGGAUGAUUUAGAGUGUGUAAUGUAAUAUGUAUAAAAAAAAAGAAGGAAUAUCUUAUUUUCUUAUUUCUUUUUUUAAUUAUUUACUUAUAUAAUAAUAAACAAUCUGAACGGAAAUGUUUUCACUACACUCGUUCUACAUUCAGAUUUCGAAUUUUUCUACCGUUCUUGUAAAUAAAAUAUAAUUGUUUAUAUAAUCGUUACGCAUCAGACUUACUUAAUCAAAUCAAACUAAUAGAUCCUCGUAUUCCCUUGCAUAUUCAAAAAAUAUAUAAUAUAUAAAUGUAUUAUGUAUUUAUAGCGUGUGUGUGUGGUAUAAAUGAUCAUGAUAAUCAUUUUCUUAAAUAUAUAAAAAAAAAAUAAUAAACAAAACAAUAAUUAUCC